GCUGAUAAUCACCUCUGAUGACAUGCCCUCUUUCAGUCAGCAUCCAUCCUUCACACUCCAGCACAUCAUUAAUAAUAAAGAGAAAUACUGUGCCACAAAAGAAAACAGGAAAUCCUUUAGGCCUGGCUCACACCUGACUCCCCAUGAGAUAAUUCAUACCAUAGAGAAGCCCUAUGAAUGCAAGGAAUGUGGUAAGGCCUUUAGGCACCCCUCAAGACUGGCUCAUCAUGAGAAAAUUCACACUGGCAAGAAACCCUUUGAAUGUAAAGAAUGUGGGAAAACCUUUAUUUGUGGCUCUGACCUCACUCGACAUCAUCGAAUUCACACUGGUGAGAAACCCUACGAAUGUAAGGAAUGUGGGAAGGCUUUCAGUAGUGGUUCCAAUUUUACUCGCCAUCAGCGAAUCCACACUGGUGAGAAGCCCUACGAAUGUAAGGAAUGUGGGAAGGCUUUCAGUAGUGGGUCAAAUUUUACUCAGCAUCAGAGAAUUCACACUGGAGAGAAGCCCUAUGAAUGUAAGGAAUGUGGGAAUGCCUUUAGUCAGAGUUCUCAACUUAUUAAACAUCAGAGGAUACACACAGGUGAGAAGCCCUACGAAUGUAAGCAGUGUGAGAAGGCUUUUCGUUCUGGCUCUGAUCUUACUCGACAUCAGAGGAUUCAUACUGGAGAGAAACCCUAUGAGUGUAAGAUAUGUGGGAAGGCUUAUUCUCAGAGUUCACAGCUGAUCAGCCAUCAUCGAGUCCACUUUAUGGAGAAACCCUACGAGUGCAAGGAGUGUGGGAAAGCCUUCAGAGUGCGCCAACAGCUUACUUUUCAUCACAGAAUUCACACAGGAGAGAAACCCUACGAAUGCAAGCAGUGUGGGAUGGCCUUUAGGCAGACCGCCCACCUCACUCGACAUCAGAGACUUCACUCCGGUGAGAAGCUCCAUGAAUGUAAGGAGUGUGGGGAAGCUUUCCUAUAUGGCCCUGACCUUAGAGUCCAUCAGAAAAUCCAUGUCGGUGAGAAGCCCUACGAGUGUAAAGAAUGUGGGAAGGCCUUCAGAGUGCGGGGACAGCUUACUCUCCACCAGAGAAUCCACACUGGUGAGAAGCCAUAUGUGUGUACAGAGUGUGGGAAGGCCUUCAGGCAGUAUGCACACCUUAGUCGCCACCAGAAGCUCAACACUGCAGACCGAAUCUAUGAAUGCAAGGAGUGUGGGAAGGACUUCCUGUGUGGCUCGGGCCUUCGGGUCCAUCACAAGCUUCACACUGGUGAGAAGCCCUAUGAAUGUAAAGAAUGUGGGAAGGCCUUCAGAGUGCGCCAGCAGCUCACACUCCAUCAGAGGAUUCAUACUGGUGAGAAGCCCUACGAAUGUAAGGAAUGCGGGAAAACAUUUAGUCGGGGUUAUCAUCUAAUUCUCCAUCACAGAAUUCACACUGGCGAAAAGCCUUAUGAGUGUAAGGAGUGCUGGAAAGCCUUCAGCCGUUACUCACAGCUGAUUUCCCAUCAGAGUAUUCAUAUUGGGGUGAAGCCCUACGACUGUAAGGAGUGCGGGAAGGCCUUUCGUCUCCUCUCCCAGCUGACCCAGCAUCAGAGCAUUCAUAUUGGUGAGAAGCCCUAUCAAUGUAAGGAGUGUGGGAAAGCCUUUCGGUUGCGUCAGAAGCUUACUCUACAUCAGAGCAUUCACACUGGGGAAAAGCCCUUUGAGUGUAAGGAAUGUAGAAAGGCUUUUAGACUUAACUCUUCCCUCAUUCAGCAUCUGCGAAUUCAUUCGGGUGAGAAACCUUACGAAUGUAAGGAGUGUAAAAAGGCCUUUAGACAGCACUCACACCUUACCCAUCACCUCAAAAUUCACAUUCAUAAUGGAGAGAAGCUGUAUGAAUGUAAGGAAUGUCAGAAGACCUUCAUUCGGCGCUCAACACUUAGUCAGCACCUAAGGAUCCACACAGGUGAGAAACCUUAUAAAUGUAAGGUUUGCGGGCAGCCCUUUAGACAGCGAGCGCACCUCAUUCGCCAUCACAAACUUCAUACUGGCGAAAAACCCUAUGAGUGCAAGGAAUGUGGGAAGGCCUUCACAGUGCUCCAGGAACUAACGCAGCACCAGAGACUUCACACUGGGGAGAAACCCUACGAGUGCAAGGAGUGUGGGAAAGCCUUUCGCGUGCACCAGCAGCUGGCUCGGCAUCAGAGGAUCCACACCGGAGAGAAACCCUAUGAGUGUAAAGAUUGUGGGAAGACAUUUAGACAGUGCACGCACCUGACUCGACACCAGAGACUCCAUAAUUCCGAGAAGCUCUAUGAAUGUAAGGAAUGUGGGAAAGCCUUCGUGUGUGGCCCAGACCUUAGAGUACAUCAGAAAAUCCAUUUUGGCGAGAAACCCUAUGCAUGUAAGGACUGUGGCAAGGCCUUUCGAAUAUGCCAGCAACUGACCGUCCAUCAGAGUAUUCACACGGGCGAGAAGCCCUACGAAUGUAAGGAAUGUGGGAAAACUUUUAGGUUACGGCAGCAGCUUGUCCGCCAUCAGAGAAUCCAUACCCGUGAGAAACCCUAUGAAUGUAUGGACUGCUGGAAGACCUUCAGCAGUUACUCCCAACUCAUUUCCCAUCAGAGCAUUCAUGUGGGCGAGAGACCCUAUGAGUGUGAGGAGUGUGGGAAGGCCUUUCGCCUGCUCUCCCAGCUCACACAACAUCAGAGCAUUCACACUGGGGAGAAGCCUUAUGAGUGUAAGGAAUGUCAAAAACCUUUUAGACUGCUCUCCCAGCUCACUCAGCAUCAGAGCAUUCACACAGGCGAGAAGCCUUACGAAUGUAAGGAAUGCGGCAAGGCCUUUAGACUUUAUUCAUUUCUCACCCAACACCAGAGAAUUCAUACUGGAGAGAAGCCCUACAAAUGUAAGGAGUGUAAAAAGGCCUUUCGACAGCACUCACACCUCACUCAACAUCACAAGAUUCACAAUGGAGCUUAAGACAAGAAACCAUUCUGAUGGACAUAUUACAUUACAGCAUCGGAAUGUCCAUGUUAUUCAAUAAUGUAAUGAAUGUAGGCAAAAUCUUCAGCUGCUUCUAUCAUCUCCAUUUUCCUUCUUCAUUACUAUUGUGAUUUUUUUGGACCAGAGAUUAAUCUUUUGUACCUACUUUGCUCAUUGUAAAAUGAUAAUAGUCCUUAUGUUUGUUAGCUAUUUAUUGCUGUAUAAUAAAUUACCACAAAACUUAGGGCUUAAAA